AUGGGGCUCUCCACCGGAGCGAUCAUCGUCAUUGUCCUCGUCGGCUGUCUCGCAGCAACCGCAUUGGGAGCAUCGGUCUUCAAACACUACAAACCCGCCGAUUCAGAAACCCCAUUCAGUCCAAGCUACGAGCAAAAGGUCUACAUGGCUCAGGUGCGAAAUCGAGGGCUUGAAAAGCUGAAGCAUCUAUCUUGGGGUGGAAGGGACCUGGAGUCACGUUAUCCUCCAGCGGGGCCAAGCUACUAUCAACCCCACACUUACACUGAGGACACCACGAGAGACACUGGAAGCUCAUAA